AGGACUUACUAAGGAAACCAAAGACAACCCAGGACAGCUGUAGCGCUGAAGCCUGACGGAGAAACAUCUCCCGGACCCUGGACUAUAGCAGGGACGUUCAACCGAGCAAAUAACGUCCACUGAAGAAAAUAACCUCGCGGGUACCAGAUCGAAUUUUUGAAGAAUACUCAAUGCUUUGAUAACGCAAUAUUUUUUUGAAAAUUAUUUUGAAAUCAAUACAGUUUGUACCGUUUAUGCGAGAAAGUUUUGACAUUUUUGGGAUGUUCUUUUUUGGAAUAUCAAUGAUCGAAUUUGACCCAUAAGUUUCGAUAUGGAUUUGAUUGUGCAAAUAAUAUUUCUGAUUACUUCUAAUCCUUUUUCGGUAAAAUCUCAAAUUAGUUUUGACUGAGUUUAUUGUGAAAGCUGUAAGAGUAGACCAGCUCUUGGUUCAUAUUGCACUGCCUGCUCUACAGAUUUGAAAGGGGAGGAGAGAGACAGAGACAAAGAGAGUCAGACUGAGUGUGUGAGGGAGAGAGCACGACUGAGACAGCAAUGGCAGAUAAAGAGGGGACAGGCUGCCAGAUGAGUACCAAAGCCGUGGUUGGGGCCCCAGCAGCAGGUGGAGGAGUCGUGGUGGAGGUCAGGGAGAAGAAGGGAACUUUGCGCGCCGCUAUUCCCACGAUGCCCUUCCCUCUGGCAGUCAUCUGCCUGUUCCUCAACACCUUCAUACCUGGACUAGGCACCUUCCUCUCAGCCUUCGCGGUGCUGUGUGGCGCCCGCAGCGAGCUGGUGGCCCAGCGGGGGGUCUGCUGCGUGUUCCUGCUCAACGUGGCGGCGGCGCUCAUCCAGAUCCUCACCGCCGUCAUCAUGGUGGGCUGGAUCAUGAGCAUCUUCUGGGGCAUGGACAUGGUGAUCCUGGCCAGUGAGUAUGGAGGGAGUUUCGUACCGUUACUUUUCAUUUGA